GUGCAGUAAGUAUCAGCGUUAGCGAUAGAUGUAAAUGCCUAAAUGCAUCCCCAAGGUCAGGUACUGUUUUGGGAAAUCGGCCACAAGGAGGGUAAGCCCUUGACCCUUUGUGAAUCAAAAAAGCAAAAGACGGGGCCGGAGUUUCAAAUCCAGAAGAAAAGUUCAAGGUAUUUAAAAAAAAAAAAAAAUCCGGAAGAAAAGUAAGCCUGACAGUCACAAGAAUAUAGACCAGAGACGCUGAGAGCUUUUGGGCAUGAGACAUAAAAUGAUAAGGUAACUUGAGAUCUUAAUUUGAUCGGUGAUCCCAAACCCCCAAUAUGCCAUAGCGAAAUUCCGAGGCGAUUCACACCCGUCCCUGCUCGGCCAAAUUCCUCGGUGGUGAUUAUCGCCUUAAUCACCAUGGAGUCGAGCAUCCUGGAAUCCAUCGGCGUUGAGAUCAUCGGAGUGAUGUGCCCUGUCUCCAUCUGUAUGUUCCUCGUCGUUCUCCUCGUCUAUUCCCUCUCUGCCUCCAAUCCCUUCUCUCCUGCUUCUGUCGAUACCAUUCGCACCGCUGCCAACCUCGUCUACGUCGAGAACCCUUCCGACUCUGCUUCCCAGAAGCUCGAAGGUGCUCUUCUCAAUGCUUUGGUCUUCGUCAUCUUAAUCGCCAUCGUCACUUUCCUCCUCGUUCUUCUUUACUAUUACAACUUCACCAAUUUCCUCAAGAACUACAUGCGCUUCUCCGCCUUCUUCGUUCUUGGCACCAUGGGCGGUUCUAUCUUCUUGUCCGUCAUUGAAAAAUUUUCUAUUCCUGUUGAUUCCGUUACUUGUUUUCUUCUGCUUUUCAAUUUCACUGUUGUCGGCGUUCUCUCUGUGUUUUCGGGUGGGAUCCCAAUUUUGCUGAGGCAAUCCUACAUGGUUUGUUUGGGGAUUAUUGUGGCGGCCUGGUUCACUAAAUUGCCCGAGUGGACUACUUGGGUUUUGCUAGUUGCAUUGGCUGUGUAUGAUUUGGUGGCUGUUUUGGCACCCGGUGGCCCGCUUAAGCUGUUGGUGGAUUUGGCCUCAACUAGGGAUGAAGAGCUUCCUGCCCUGGUGUACGAGGCUCGACCUACGGUCGCUCGAUCUGGGCAUCGCGGAGCCUCGUCUUUAGGGAUUUUGGUCGCUGGAGUUUCAGAUUCUUCGUCAAUCGAGCUUCAAGCGGUGUCAAGGGACAGCGUCAAUAGAAAUGAGAACGAAGGUCGCCGUAAUGCCGACUAUUCUGAAGUGACGUUGGGGAAUUUUCAGAAUGAGGAGGCUCAUAGUGACAGAGAUGAUGGGGAGAGGUCGCCACUGGUGGGCAAUGUACGAGAAAGGCAUUCAUCAAGUAGUGAUUCGUCGCAGUAUUCGACGGUUAUCGUUCCAUCCAGUGAAGGCCAGCAAUUUAAUGGCGGGGACCAUGAUGAAAUUGUUGGUGAGGAAACGUCUCCCCUUGUUGAAAUGAUUGGAAUGGGGAAUGAAGGCAGGCAGGAUGGUGAUGUGGAGAUUGCUGAUAGGGGUAUUAAACUUGGCCUUGGAGACUUUGUUUUCUACAGUGUCCUUGUGGGUAGAGCUGCAAUGUAUGACCUUAUGACAGUGUAUGCUUGUUACCUUGCAAUUAUAUCAGGACUAGGUUGCACUCUAAUUUUGUUGUCAGUUUGCCGUCGAGCUCUGCCUGCACUUCCUAUUUCUAUCACACUGGGUGUUAUUUUUUAUUUCUUGACACGAUUAUUAAUGGAGCCCUUCAUUGUUGGGGCAGCCACAAAUUUAAUGAUGUUUUGAACCGGCAUUGGUUUCUUAGACAGAUGAUGAGCCACUAGAUGUUAAAGACACACUAAUCAUUUCAUAGACAGGAAAUUUGUUCUUGUGGUAAAGGGGUAGUGCUCCAUUGUUCUUGUCUACUUUCAAGUUGCAUUUACGUUCUCAUCAUCUAAUUGUUUUUUGUGAUUAGAUAGUGUUGCAUGUUACUAUCACCAGAAUGCAAAUUUGAAUUGCAACCGUUUUCUCACCGAUUCCUAUGGAGCUUGUAAAUUUAGCACUAGUAUUGUACUACUAAUGCAGUUGUGUAAGACUUCUGGCAUACAUGUGAUAUGUGGAAACUAAGUGUUACUGGCGGAACUCUUUUUUCUAUAUUAAUAAUUAAUAAUAGCUUAUAAAUAGCCUCCUCCUGUGAAGGAAAUGAGACUCAUACAAUAGAUAGUUUGAGCUUACACAAAGAAACAGCGCAUUACGGCCAUGAAAGCAGCAAAAGAAAACAGAGAAGAUAGAGAUAAUGAAGAAGAGAGAGAAGAUAAAGAUAAUGAAGAAGAGACACAGCUUCUUCCUCAGCCUAGUGUUUGAGAGAUCAGGCACUUUUCUCACAACAAACCAAAUACUACCCAAACCACUUAAUAAACCUCUCCAACCCUACAGACAUCUCUCCCCAACUCACCCAUUCACGGUCCUUCUGUGAGGUACAGGACUGGCCUCUAGCCCAUUGAACCUGAGACCUACGGGGUCCACAGGUAUAUCCAUCCGGUUUUGCUCUGAACCCUUCUUUAGGGCUUUUAGAGGUGAAGGAGCGGGAUAGGCAUAACAUUCUCUUCUCGGGCAAUGAAGUGACCCUUUGGCUGGGAGUUCAGUUCCAACUCUCCCUGUGACUGUGACUGCAAGCUUGAGCUUUGCGGAAGAGAGGCAAUAUCGAAAGCAGAAUGAUUAUUAUUUGAGUUUACUUGAGGAGUUGGUUAUGGCAUUUAUUGAGAUAACAUGUGAUAAAAAGUAGAUGACCCUCUAGAUGACGAAGGUGUACAUGUAUGCAUGUACUUGACUUGUCGACUAUAAUCUAGUUUCAUGAAUGGCUGAGAAAGUGAACGAACAUAAGCCAAAAUAUUAACUUCAUUGACAGACAACGGGGGAAAACUGACCUUUGGUUCUUCACGUUGGCAGCGCGUGUUGCUGACUUUUCUCAUCGGCCUCUUACUUUUCUGAUCUCAUUCAAGACUUGGAUGACUGUCAAGUACUCAAAUGUCAACAUAAAUUGGGCGGAGAGGAGUUGACUAAUCCAUUCAAAGUUCAACUUCCCAACCAGUGAUCUAUAAUCUAUAUCUAUGUCGUAAAAUAUUUUAGUUGUAUUGUAUCAGAAAAUAUUAGUUAUUGUGUGACGAAUGUAAUAAAAUUUCAACCAUUGACAUCGAUCAUCAAUCACAAA